ACUCGCAACACCCGCAUGGCGACCCGGUGACGAGCGAUCCACCACCCGGAGAGACAUGCCGCCGCUUCUGCUGCGCAAAGGCGCCGCGCCGUCGCCGCAGGUCCUCAGCUUCCUGCGCGCGCAAGUCCAUCAUGCCUUCGCGUCGCCCGCCGCCCCAUGCGCCGCCCUCAAGCGCCAGCGCCGCGCCUACACGCCCUCGCCGCCGUGCCCGCUGAAGCCGUCUACGCCCGCGCGCAGCUUCUCGACCUCCCGCCCAUGCGCAGCCUGGCCCAGCAUCUUCCGCAGCAAGCAACCGCCCGCGCACGCGCGCCCGGGGCUCGUCCAGCCGCCCAUCCCGCCGCCGGACGACACCGCGCCGCUCGCCGGCUACGGCGGCAGCCUGGGACGAAUGGCGCGCACUGCGAACGAGCUCAAGAUGCGGUGCACGGAGCUGGACGAGCACGGCAACGUGACGCUGGUCAGCGGGGAGUUCAAGAAGAGCGAGCUGAUUGCGAAAUACGGGCUUCUGCCGCGCGACCUGCGCAAAAUCGAUUCCUCGCUGCUGCCGCACAUCCUGGUGCGGCCGUCGGCGAUCCUCAUCAAUCUGCUGAACCUCCGCGUGCUGCUCAAGCACAACCGCGUCCUCGUCUUUGACGCCUACGGCACCACAGACUCCAAGUCCCAGAGCGUGUUUAUGUACGACCUCGACCUGAAGCUGCGGCAGAAAGAAUCCGUGACCACGGGCACCCUCGCAUACGAAUUCCGCGCGCUCGAAGCCGUGCUCAUCAGCGUCACACUCUCGCUCGAAAAAGAAUUUGAAGGCGUCAGCGACCCCGUGGUGCGCGUCCUGCGCGACCUGGAAGAAGACAUCGACCGCGACAAACUCCGCUACCUGCUGAUCUACAGCAAGAAGCUGGGCAGCUUCGAGCAGAAAGCGCGGCUGGUGCGCAACGCGCUCGAGGAGCUGCUCGAGGCCGACGACGACCUGAGCGCCAUGUACCUGAGCGAGAAAGCCGAGGGCCGCCUGCGCGAAGACGACGACCACACCGAGGUCGAGAUGCUGCUGGAGUCGUACCACAAGGUCGCCGACGAGAUCGUGCAGGCGGCCGAGAACCUGGUGUCGAGCAUCCGCAACACAGAGGAGAUGUACGUUUCUUGCCUCCCCCGUCUAAUAUCCCCACCCCCUUUAAGAAUUUAAGAAGAAACCCCUGCUGAUGAUUACUGCGCAGCGUCAAAGCCAUCCUCGACGCCAACCGCAACUCCCUCAUGCUGCUGGACCUGCGCUUCUCGAUCCUCACCCUCGCCAUCACCGCCGGCACCUUCGUCGCGGCCCUGUACGGCAUGAACCUCAAGAACUUCAUCGAGGAGUCUGACCUCGGCUUCUGGGGCGUCAGCGCCUGGUGCAGCGUCUUCGGCACCAUUGUCGCGGUCUACGGGCUGCAUAAGCUGAGGAAGGUGCAGCGGGUUAGUAUGUAUGCGCUGGGGCCCGGCGGGGGCGUGGGGAAGGGGUUGGGUGCGCCGUUGAGACUCGGGGC